GUUUGGAUGAAGAAGAGCUGGGAAGAAAACUCUAUUCUGUUAUGUGGCCCUUCUCUAAAUGACGUUAUUUGAAGCAACAGAAAAGAGAAGGUGGAGGAAACUACACAUUUUCUUUCCCUUUUAUCUCAGAAAGGGGACUCUUUUGGGGGAAAGGAACAGAAAAAAAGAAAAAAAUCCUCACCAUUUUGUUUCUUUCUCUUUCUCUAAGGAAGUGACAAGAAAGUGACGUUGUGCGAAGAGAAAACAGCAAACGAGAGAAAGUUAUUCGUUUUCUUUCUCUAAGGUGACGUGUUCGAGACAAAGAAAACGGGAGAGACUCUGGAGGGUGGAUGGGUGAGGGACGGCGCGAGGUGGUGAUGGCGGCAGCGGUGACUGUGCAAGUGGAGGGCGGUGGAGGUGGUGGAUCGUGGUGAUGACGUAGGUGAAGAUACGUUCAUAGAAAACGGACUGUGGAUGUGUUUUUCAGCAACUUAGUCUCAUUGUGUUGGUGAAAAAGGGAGAAAGAGAGAGAGAGAGAGAGAGAGACAAUAUUACAUCAACGAAUUGUCUUGUUGUCUGGAAAGAUUAAGAAUAUGCAUAAAUAAAAAGUGGUAAAGAAUAAGAAUAUAAAAGAAAAUAAUAUACAAGAAUGUUUUACUUGAUUAUUUGAAAAGAUAAAUGUGUCUAGAGUUGAAACAGAAGAAAUGAUGAGUUUUAGUGAAAUUGAAAGUAAGUAAAGAAGGAAAAGCAAAAGAGUUGAACAUUGACCUCAUACUGACAUGUGAGAUAAGAAUAGAGAGGACUGACAUGUAAGACAGGAAGAAAGAGAGAGAUAAAGAGGAAAAUAAGAAAGCUCUAAUGAUUAUUCAAGAGGAACCAACAUGUCCAGGAAGAAAAGAUUUCUGAUACAUUGAAAAAAAGAAAGUUUCAAAUAGACAAAAGAAUUCAUAAGUAGAAAAAAAGUAAAUAAGCGACUCACGAAACAAAAAGAAGGAAAAAAGACAGUAAAUAUAGACUUUCAAAAGAACACGAACAUAACAAGAAGAAGAACAGUAAGCUUAGAGAAGUGAAUCCUUUUACAAUACAGAAAGGUGGCAAGCGGCUCACCACCACCACCACCACCACCACCACCACCAAAAGAGUACUGGUUCUCAAGGGGGUUGUAAGCUCCCUGCCCCCCAUCCCUCCUCCUCCCUCCCUCACCAUGACCUCCCUCACUUCCCCGCUACUCACCCUGCUCAGCGCUCUCUUCUCCCUCACCCUCGGCUACUCCUCCGUCUUGGGUGAGGAGCCCUUCAUUACCUGGGGACGAGCCAACACCAACACAGCUUACUUCGAUGACACCACUCCGACCAAUGUGACUGCCGUGGUGGGCCAGCAAGCCAGUCUGCCCUGCCAAGUGCUCAACCUCGACAAAAAGGAUGUGUCGUGGAUCAGGCAGCGGGACCUUCACAUCCUCACCGUUGGCAUUUACACCUACACCAGCGAUGACAGGUUCAAGGUACAUCAUCCAGAGGGCAGUGACGAGUGGUACCUGAAUGUUGACCCUGUUACCUUUCGAGACGCAGGUGUGUACGAGUGUCAGGUGUCCACAAGCCCUAAGAUAUUCCUCCCUGUGUUGCUCACUGUUGAAGUUCAGCAGGCACGCAUCGACGGGCCCCAGGAGGUGUACAUUCAGAGUGGCUCCACCAUUAAGCUCACCUGUCUGGUCAACACGCACUCAGACAACGUAGGUGCCGUCACGUGGUACAGAGACGGGCACGAGCUGGACUACGAUUCGCCCAGGGGCGGGGUGAGCAUUGAGAUCGAGAAGACCCCCACCAGGACCACUUCCAAGCUCUUCCUGACGCGUGCGGUGAGGGACUCGGGAAAUUACACCUGUGCCCCUAAGUUCGCUGAUGCUGCCUCUGUCUUGGUGCACGUAGUCAAUGGCGAAGAGUCAGCCGCCGUGCACACCGCAGCAGCAAAGGGCAUCACUGCAGACCUGUGGGUGGUGGCUCUGUUUCUGAUACUGACCCUGUGUCCCUCCAUGCUCAGGUGACCUUCCUUCCCACCACGGAUGGAGUAGUGUGGAGGAAGGCUAAGGCGCCGGUCAUCUCUUCCACCACCACCACCAACACCACUAUCAUCACCACCGUCACCACCACCAGUACCAUCACAACUACUACUACUACUACUACUACUACUACUACUACUACUU